AUGGCCCAUAAUCUGAUUCAAUGUCAGAUCUUAGUGCAGAAGGCUGUUCGUGCAGCGUCGGAUUACAUCGCGUCAUCGUCUACGGAGUCGCUGUUCUUGGUUCGGCCAGUUCAUGAGAGCGACUUCGUUUUGGGCUUGCAAAAGGAGGCGAGAUUAGCAAAAUUGCCGAUCAAUGUCGGAAUACAUGAGCCCGCCCAGGGCGGCGAGAAAGUCAAAAACACACUGAUAUGGAUCGAUGAGAGCGGCAAGAUUACUCAAAAAUACCAGAAACUUCACCUUUUUGACGUUGAUAUCAAAGGCGGCCCUGUCUUGAAGGAGAGCAGGAAUGUUGAGAAGGGGACGAAAAUUGUACCUCCUUUUGAGACACCAGUUGGCCGCCUGGGAUUAAGUAUAUGCUUCGAUCUCCGAUUUCCAGAAGUAAGCUUAGCACUACGCCGGCAAGGUGCCGAGAUCAUCACAUAUCCGUCCGCAUUUACAGUACCAACCGGCCAGGCUCAUUGGGAGACACUGCUUCGCGCUCGAGCGAUCGAGACGCAAUCCUAUAUCGUCGCAGCUGCUCAGUGCGGCCCGCAUAAUCCAAAGCGCUUUAGUUAUGGUCAUUCGUUGAUUGUCAAUCCGUGGGGAGAGGUUGUUGCCAAACUAGGGGGCGAGUAUGAGGAGCCAGAAAUUGCGGUGGCCGAUAUUGAUUUCGAUUUGCUGACAAAGGUGCGGACUGAAAUGCCGCUAUUGAGGAGGACAGAUGUGUAUCCUGAAGUUUGA